ACAGUGGUGCACUGUUGGGUCCUGCACCACAAUGGAGACCCUCAGGAGGGGAUGGCUGUCACCCAGGCUUGUGCUGUGCUGUGCCUUUUGGGGACUCUGCCUGGCCUCUCCAGACUACGAUGAUUACUCUCAGAACAGCACCAACGAGCAGGUAACGACACCAGAGAUCACACCGUGUCCCCGAGCCAUUCCUGGGGAAAAGGCAAUGAUAAACAACAUCACGUACCUGUUGAUACACCAGGCCACACGCUCUCAGCUGGGCAGCGUGGUCACAGUGCGGAUCAUCCCUUGCCUCUACACCCUUGUGUUCCUGGUGGGGCUGCCUUCCAACGGGUUGGCCCUGUGGGUCCUGGCCACCAGGGCUGAGAAGCUGACCUCCACUGUCUUUCUGAUGAACUUGGCUGCAGCAGAUCUGCUGCUCGUGUUGGUGCUGCCUUUCAAGAUUUUCUACUAUUUCCUGGGGAACAACUGGCCCUUUGGGGAAGGCCUGUGCCGGCUCACCACAGCUUUCUUCUACGGGAACAUGUACUGCUCAGUGCUGCUGCUCACGUGCAUCAGCGUUGACCGGUAUCUGGCUGUGGUACAUCCUUUCUUUUCACGUUCCUUCCGCACCCCUGCCUUUGCUGCCUGCACCUGUGCUGCCAUCUGGCUCUGUGCUGCCGUCCUCACCCUGCCCCUGACUCUGCAGCAGCAGUCGUAUCCCCUGUACGGAGCAGACAUCACUCUCUGCCACGAUGUUCUCCCCAGGCACGAGGAUGACGGGUAUUACUUCUACUACUUCAUCUGCCUGAUCGCCUCUGCUUUCCUUGCUCCUCUGGUAGUGAUGCUGUUCAGCUACUGCUCAGUAUUGCGAACCCUCCUGGACAGUGGGAAGCGGUACUCCUACUCUAUGAAGCUCACAGCUCUUGUGCUAUUCACACUUGUGGCCCUCUAUACACCCAGCAACGUUCUCCUCCUUGUUCAUUACUCCAGCUAUAACUCCAAGCUGUAUGGCAACCUGUAUAUCACAUACAUGGUGAGCCUGGCCGUCAGUACCUUUAACAGCUGUGCUGAUCCCUUUGUCUACUACUACGUUUCUGAAGACUUCAGGGAUAAGGUGAGAAGGAGAUUCUUCAGUCACAGAAAACAAAACACCACGUCCCUAAAAACCUCCAAGGAAACACUCCCUCAAAAAAGUUCCAAAGAUUCACUGGUGUAAGCCUCCACGCCAGCUCCCUGCUCCCAAGGUUCACAAUAUACAUUGGGACUCGAUGAAGACAACGCUGGGAUCCCCCAAGUCUGUAUAGCUAAAACUGAGUAAACGUGGACCACGGCAUUCCUCGAGAGGUGUGGAGCCCAGGCAAGAUGUGGAGUGCUGAACAUGCGUAGAUCUGUUACUGGGACACUGCAUGCAACUUCUCACCUGGUCAUACAUUGCCAGGGAUGCUCUUCCCAACACCCCUAGGUCUAGUUUUGCUAACGCAUCUUGCAGAGUGAUUGCUAUUUGUGUUCUAUUGCUUUUUUUGCUACUGACUUGCUUGCUGUCCUUGAAUGCACAUUCCCUUCACCUAAAACUGGAAAAGAACAAGCCCUUGCAACACCAAGUUUCUAAACAUUUCAAAAGUAGUAGGAGGUAUCUAUGUGAAAGGUACUCUCCUGAACUAAAAUACUCUGUCAAGAAAAUGUAAAGCACUGGCUUUUCUAACAAAUACAUUCGUGGCUUGAUUUCUAAGCAACACCAUAGUAAUGUCAGCCCAGUGGCGGUAACAAGUGUAACCAUCCCAUUCACUAAUCCCUAUUUUUGCAUAUGAC